AGUAGUAGGGUAUGUGUGUUUGUGUUUGUGAGUGUGGUUGAGGCUCGUCGAGCAGCAGGGGAACUUGAAAACUUCACUGCAUUUAGCGAGGAAGAUCUCAUACCGGAGAUUUUAACGAUUGGUCUCUGACUCGGCUGCUUUACCAUCCAGCUGUGAUCGACGGAGGAGGACCGGUUCUCCCGAUUCUCAGCAUUGGAACGAUUUCCGGCCAACAUGGAUGAUUUAGAUGCUUUGUUGGCGGACCUUGAGUCCACAACAUCCCACAUUUCCAAGCGCCCACUCUUCCUAUCUGACGACACCGCCUACUCCAUCCCUGUUGGGGGUCAGAUCCAGCAAGACAUCUGCUCCCCACCCCUAGUCCCACCAGCUCCCUCUGAGCUCAACGGACUAGAUGAAACAGAGUCCUUCAGCUCAGCUCAGAGAAGUCCCUGGUCUAGAGAAAGCGAUAGUCCAACCCAACCCGCUGGUGAAGAGGACCACGUUUACAGUUUUCCUAAUAAGCAGAAGAAUAGUGACUCAUCAGCCAUGAACUCAUCCUUGGGCAGCAACCUGUCUGAGCUGGACCGCCUGCUGUUGGAGCUCAAUGCUGUCCAGCAAAGCACCCCUGCCUUCCCCACAGAAGAGAAGAAACAGCCCCCCACUGCUGCCAGCAGCGUCAUCCACCAUAUCCAGGAGAAUGGAGUCUCUAAUGCAGGCAAGGUGCCUCCACCUGUACUGGAGAAGCCUAAACGUGGUGCAGCAGCUCGAGGAAUAGAGGAUGUACGGCCAAGUGUAGAGAGCCUUCUGGAUGAGCUGGAAAGUUCUGUGCCCUCACCCAUUCCCACACCUUUGGUUGUAUCAGACGAACAAACAGAUGGACAAGAGGAAACACCUGAAAAGCAGCAAGCCAGGAUGUCUGCCUCUUCCGCCACGCGAGAGCUGGACGAGCUAAUGGCCUCGCUGUCUGACUUCAAGGUCCAAAGCAAUAUCCAGUCACAGGGGAAGACUUCUCCCACGGGUCCCCCCAAACCUGCCAACAAGCUGGACAACAUGCUGGGGAGCCUUCAGUCAGAUCUCAACAGACUUGGAGUCCAAACAGUGGCUAAAGGUGUCUGUGGCGCCUGCAAGAAACCCAUCGUUGGUCAGGUGGUGACAGCCAUGGGCAGAACGUGGCACCCCGAGCACUUUGUGUGCACCCACUGCCAGGAUGAGAUCGGCUCCAGAAACUUCUUUGAGCGUGAGGGGCAGCCUUACUGUGAGAAAGAUUACCACAGCCUGUUCUCCCCGAGAUGCCACUACUGUAAUGGACCUAUACUGGAUAAAGUAGUGACUGCAUUGGACAAGACCUGGCACCCAGAGCACUUCUUCUGCGCCCAGUGUGGAGCCUUUUUCGGACCAGAAGGUUUCCAUGAGAAGGAUGGA